AUGUCUGCAAGAAGAAAUAGCAUUGACACGGUCUCAAUAGGAUCUGCAAAUAGCCAGACACCUUUGAAAGACGAGACAAAAGAGGUCAAUAUCCAAAGAGUAGGGUCUGAAUCGUCGACCGAGACAGUCAAUCUGAAGAACCCUUUUAUUGACCCUAAAGUUGCUGAAUAUUAUCAAAACUUGUACGAUGAAGUCCAUUAUGAGUGUCGUGGUGCUUUUGACCCAUCAUUUGAAUGGACACCCGAAGAAGAACGCAAAGUUGUUUGGAAGUUAAACUUCAGAGUGGCUUUGACAGCAUGUCUUAUGUUUAUGGGUUUGCAAGUUGAUAGGGGAAACCUUGCGCAAGCAGUUACUGACAAUAUGUUGACAGACUUGGGUAUGAACACUAACAACUACAACACUGGAAACACUAUAUUUUUAGUUUGUUUCUUGGCCGCUGAAGUCCCUUCACAAUUGAUUUCAAAGGCACUCGGACCAGAUGUGUUUGUUCCAUUUCAAAUCUGCGCGUGGUCAAUCGUUGCCAUGUCACAGGCUGCUCUUAAAAAUAAAGCUGGCUUUUACAUUACUAGAGCAUUGAUUGGAGCGUUGGAAGGUGGAUUUAUUGCCGAUUUGGUCUUGUGGUUGAGUUAUUUCUUUACUAGUAAAGAAUUACCUGUGCGGUUAUCCUGGUUCUGGACCACAUUGUCCUUGGUGCAGAUUUUUACCUCCCUCUUGGCCUUUGGUAUAUUGAGAAUCCGUGCAAAUGGCAUGCACGGUUGGCAAUGGCUCUUCUUGAUUGAAGGCUUGUUCACAUUGCUUAUUGGUAUUUCGUCUUUUUUUUUAAUGAGACCAAGUGCAACACAAACAAAAUCCAAAUGGAAUCCAAAGGGCUGGUUCACCGAUAGGGAAGAAAAGAUUGUGGUCAAUCGGGUUUUGCGUGAUGACCCAUCAAAGGGAACCAUGCACAACAGACAAGGAAUCACACCAAUAAAUUUAUGGAGAUGUUUUACUGACUACCAUCUUUGGCCCAUUUAUGCUAUUGGAUUAGUUGCAUACAUUGGACAGCAAACACUUGCCUCGUACUUUGGUUUAAUCAAUCGGUCUUUAGGAUUCAGUGUCUUCACUACCAAUUUGUUGACUAUUCCAAAUGCCGUGAUUCACAUUAUAUUUUUACUAGCAAUAACAUGGUUCUCAGAAAGAAUUAACCAGAGAGCAUUGGUGUGUUUGAUUGCACCAAUAUACGCAACGCCCAUAAUGGGGGUUAUCAGAUGGUGGAAAGGUUCAGGCCACAACAUUUGGGGGACUUGGGUUUUAAACACUUUGUAUAUGGGUCAGCCGUACAUCCAUGCAAUUUGUGUCUCUUGGAUCUCAAGAAACUCAAAUUCUGUGAGAAAUAGAUCUGUUUGUUCAGCUUUGUACAAUAUGUUUGUUCAAUUGGGAAGCAUUAUCGGAAACAACAUUUACAGAGACGACGAUAAACCACUUUACCAUAGAGGAAACAUGCAAUUGUUUGUAAUCACUUUCAUCUUGAUCCCCAUUUUGCUCUUGGCAAAAUUUUAUUACGUCUACUUUAACAAGAGAAGGGAACAGAUUUGGAAUAAUAUGACCGAGGAGGAGAAGCACGAGUAUCGAGUUACCACCAACGAUCAAGGUAACAAACGGUUGGACUUUAGGUUCGACCACUAG